ACAGUUUUCCCCACUCUUCCACCGUAGACCAUCAUCCAACCCACCUCCUCCACAGUGCGGUACGGAGCCUAUAGGCUGCUGCUGUUAUUCGUCUGCUGGGGCUGCAAGUCAAAGGAUUUCACUUCUUCUCCUGCUCCACGUAUUCUCCUGGAUUUACAGCUCGAUUCCAAACCAUCUGUUUUUUUUUUUUUUAACACUUUUCAAAUCUCAUUUGUAGUUUGCUGUCGAGAAAUAAUAUCCCUCCCCCUCCUCUCUCUCUCUCUCUUUUUGGGUUGCAUUUAUUUGGUCUUUCUUUUCCGUAAAGCGACCCAGCGUGAUUUCCACUUUCAGUCAGUGUGGCAAGUGUGACGCUGUCUUGUUGCGCUAUUUGCUAAAUCAGGAGAACUUUUUCUUCUUCCUCUGCUGGCUUCAAUUCGAGUUAUCCCCCGGGUUUGUCUUUUUCUGAGUUUGCUUUUUUUUUUGUUGGACUUGGGACAAAAACAGUUGCCACCAUGCACAAGCUCUACAUUGGGAAUCUAAGCGACAGCGUGACCGCCGAGGACUUGGGGAAAACCUUCGAUGAGCACAAGAUCCAAUACUCCGGACAGUUCCUCAUGAAAACCGGCUACGCGUUUGUGGACUGUCCGGACGACCAGUGGGCCAUGAAGGCGAUCGAGACGUUUUCUGGUAAAGUGGAACUUCAGGGGAAGCGCAUCGAGGUCGAGCACUCCGUCCCCAAGAAGCAAAGGACUAGAAAACUGCAGAUCAGAAACAUUCCACCUCAUCUACAGUGGGAGGUGCUGGAUGGUCUGUUGGCCCAGUGUGGAACUGUAGAGAACUGUGAACAAGUGAACACAGACAGUGAGACUGCAGUGGUUAAUGUCACAUACGCAUCCCGGGAGCACGCCAGGCAAGCCAUCCAGAAGCUGAAUGGAUACCAGUUUGAGAACAACGCCCUGCGUGUCUCUUACAUCCCGGAUGAGAUCUCCGAGCUGGAAGGAGGACAGCGGGGGCCCGACAACGGCCGGCGCCCUGGCUAUGGGUCUCGUGGGCCCCGUGGUGGGUCCCCGAGCUCCGGGAUGCCCAAUAAAACUCUGCAUGCUGACAUCCCUCUGAGGCUGCUGGUGCCCACACAGUAUGUCGGAGCCAUCAUUGGCAAGGAGGGCGCUACCAUUCGCAACAUCACCAAACAGACACAGAGCAAGAUUGACGUGCACCGUAAAGAGAACGCCGGUGCUGCGGAGAAACCAAUCAGCAUCCACUCCACCCCCGAGGGCUGCUCAUCCGCCUGCCGCAUGAUCCUGGACAUCAUGCACCAGGAGGCCAAAGACACCAAGACCGCUGACGAGGUUCCUCUGAAGAUUCUUGCUCACAACAAUUUUGUCGGACGCCUCAUUGGCAAGGAGGGACGCAACCUGAAGAAAGUCGAGCAGGACACUGACACCAAGAUCACCAUCUCCCCGCUGCAGGACCUGACGCUGUACAACAUGGAGAGAACCAUUACAGUUAUAGGUGAUACUGACGCCUCCUGUAAUGCUGAGGGGGAGAUCAUGAAGAAGGUCAGAGAGGCCUACGAGAAUGCGCGCCGCCAACAGACUCACCUGAUCCCUGGACUCAACCUGGGGGCUCUGGGCCUCUUCCCCUCUUCCUCCAACAUGCCCCCUCCUCCGCCUGGAAACUCUGGAUCUGGCUCCCCCUACAGCUGCUUUGGGUCUCCAGAGCAGGAGACGGUCCACGUAUACAUCCCAGCACAGGCAGUGGGGGCCAUCAUUGGAAAGAAGGGCCAGCACAUCAAACAGCUGAGCCGCUUCGCUGGGGCCUCCAUCAAGAUUGCUCCAGCUGAAACUUCAGAAUCCAAAGAGAGGAUGGUUAUUAUCACCGGACCCCCUGAGGCUCAGUUUAAGGCCCAGGGCAGACUCUACGGCAAACUGAAGGAGGAGAACUUCUUUGGGCCAAAGGAGGAGGUCAAACUGGAGACUCACAUCAAGAUGGCCGCAGCUGCUGCCGGAAGGGUCAUCGGGAAAGGGGGAAAGACAGUGAAUGAGCUGCAGAACCUGACAGCAGCUGAGGUGGUCGUCCCCAGGGAACAGACGCCAGACGAAAAUGACCAGGUCCUCGUAAAGAUCAAUGGACACUUCUACGCCAGCCAGUUGGCUCAGAGGAAGAUCCGGGACAUCCUGACCCAGGUCAAACAGCCACAGAAAGGCGGGAUGGGCUCCGGCCCUAAUCCACAGGGCUUCACAGAGAUGGGCAGUCCUACACAGGGGCUGACUCCAGACCACCAGCCGCGCAGGAAGUGAGGGUCCCCACAUCCUCCUCAAACACUGUGGGACACCCCUGCCUGACUGACAGACAGACAGACACAUGCACGGACGGACGGACGGAUAAGACGGACAGACGGAUACAGGAGAGCGACACACGGACCCAGCGAUAGACAGGGAGCGAUAUAAAGAGGGAGGGAGUACGCCCGAUAGCCAGAGAGGAAGAUAGGUGUUUUAGAGAGGAGGGAUGCAUAAAAUCAAAAGAUGAAAUGAAUAAAAAAGAGGAUUAAGAUUGAAAAGAAACUUGACAACAGAGACCAGAUGCCAGGCCAGAAAAGACACUGAUUGAAGAUGGAUGGAUAAAGGAAAGGAGGGAUGGAGAGAGGGACGGGUGGUGUCCUCCUAGUGUGUCUUGGUAGUACUACAGCCAGCUCCACUGAUCACGGAUCAGAUAGGUUUAAACAACAUGGGCAACAUUAUUCACCAUGUCAGGUGGAGCCCUGCUGCUGUGGUUUACACUUGUCCACUUGACUCAACAAAUCUAUGCUCUCCUGGGACACACUAGCAGGGGCCCAUUUGCCCCUCUGUCGCCCCCUACAGACCUCUCCAACCAUCUGCAGUCAGUCCUAUAUUUUAAGGGUGUUUUUUUUUUUUUUAACAUAGAGAUAUAUGUAUAGAAAUGUUUUAUUCAGAGCUAUUAUUGAUAAUAUGCAGUGAGGCGGAGCCGGGAGAGGGAGCUUGGAAACUGCUGCAGCGGCUCAGAGGGAUAGGUCACAGGCAGGGGGCUAGCCCCACCCACACCUAACCCCUGAGCCAAUGAGAGUGUGGAAGAGGGGCCGCAGAUGUUAACACUGCUCUUUAAAGACCUUUCUGAAUAGCGGAGAGAUUAGAAAAUAAAAAAGAAGGAAGAAAAUAUAAGGUUGUAAAUAGAUAAUCUUUCAAGUAAAUGUAAAGAAAUGCUGCGUCUGGCCGUCUUGCCUUUCUUUAAAAGGGGUCCUCAGUUUAUUUCCCAGUCCCUUGUCUAUGAAAUGUAGCAUCAUGUAGCCUACACCAAGGCUGGGGCUGGGCAGGCACUGAGCCCCCUCCUCCACAUUUAGCUGUGUGGCGGAAGGCGCAGCAAGAGACAGUAAGGGGAGCUGAGGUCGCAGCUGGUCCUGCAGUUCUAUUGCAGUGGCUUAGCUCACAUAUAUGAAACCAUUAAAAACAACUUUAUAAAAGCAGCCAGCAGCUAUGCUAGCUGGCUAGCGGCCCGCACCUUAAAUGGCAUAUUUUAUAUAUAUUGUAUAUAUAUGCUAUGUGAGUUAGCCCGGCCCCUCGGGUGAAUGUAUUGAAGGCAGGGAGUCAGGUGCGAGGUUUCGCCACACCUGUAUGAAAAAGUCCUGCAAUGACAGACAGACAAGAUGUGUCUGAGACUUUCUGCUCAUUGUCGUCCUCUAGCGCUGGACGCUCAAGGCCAGUCUUAGACAGGAUGGUUCUUAAGACGACCCCAUAUUUAAGGUCGACUUUGUGUCUGACCAACAUGGCCUCUCAUGUGUGGCCUGUGGUAGUAAAGCAACUCUGAGACUGACCUUAGCGCCAGAGCCCCAAAAAGAGGCGAAGUCUUCCAAAGCUCCUUGCCUUGAGCUCAGAGAAGGUAAAAUCUGAAGGGGAGCAGCUUCCUUGUUCUCUCUCCCAAUCUGCCGAAGGCCUGUGGGCGGAGCCUCCAGACCCUGCCUGCGUAUGAUAAUGAGGGGCGGGGUCUAUGCCUGGACGCUCUCCCCAAGAUUAAAACAGAUUAGAGAAGAAAUGAAAAAGAAUAAAACCUACCUCAGGGUAAAUUUACCUCAGUAUUCCUAACUUUUUUUUUUGCUUGCUGGUGUUUUAUAUAAGAAGAAAAAAGAAAAGAAGAGCUGAAAGUCCUGAAUAUUUUUAUUUUUUUAAGGAAGAAAUAUUUUUUUUUAGGUAUUGUCUUGUUGCUUUGGUUAUUUUUUCUGUUUUUUUUGUUGUGAUGCUGGUUGAAUGAGUUCAGGAUGACGAAGAGGCAGUGUUUUCUUUUUUAUUCAAAGGUGAGGGGAGACAAAGUGCAGAGAUGAAAUGGGUUGAGUGCCAUUUUGCCUUUUUUAGGUGAGAAAACAUGCUCUCUGUCUUCCUGAAGUGUGAUUGGAGCAGCUGUUGUCUGAAACAGAAAGUUGGCCAAUGGGGAGUGGUAUUAACUUGAGAGGGGGGUCCUAAAGUGCACACUGGGGUCUCUUGUCAUCUUUGGGAGGGGGUGUUACUAAUUUUUAUCGUGCAGAAUGACGUUCAGACAACCUCAUCCUCAGGUCGCAUUAAGUCACUGCGAGUCUCUGUUCUCGUGGCUCCCGGCCCAACCUGAAGGACCCUCUUCUCCUGCCUUAUUGUGAUGACAUCAUCAUGAAGCGCCAAACAUUAUGACAAGGCUUUAAAACAACAAUAAGGGGUUAGUCACCCUGAAAGAGGACAAGUGAGCUUUCAGCCAGAUUUCACCUCGUCUUUCUUUACCUUUCUCAUUGGGAGGUUGGGAACUUGUCAGAUAAGCAGUGGAUGGUCCAUCUACAGUGUAACUGCACAUGGAGACAAGAGAGGGCAUUACACAUACACACCUACUCACACACACCGGAACUAGCUCUGACUUCUCUGAAUGUGAAUAUUUAUUACCUGUGCACUGACCACGACACCUCAGAUGCUCCCUGUUGGCUACACGUGUGUAUGGUGCGUGUGUGUGCGUGUUUGUGUUCAUUGGUUUUAAAUGUUCAUUUUUGUCAAGGGAUGUGAUUGGGUGAGACUUAUAGAAAAAAAAAACAAAAAAAAAAGCAGAAAAAAGUAGGACAAGAACCUAUGGCCCGUCCGUCUGAGUUCCACCGGACCGAGGACGGAGAAAUCCAAGAACCUCUUAAAAAUGGGAGCAACAAAGAAAAGCAAGAGAGUUUGAACACAACAGUAACUCAGCUGAGUAAUAGAUGAAAACCUGUACAUAAAGAUGUUAAAAUCACAAUACUUUUUUGUAUUUUUGGAGAAAAAAAGCAUAAAAAAUCAUAAUGGGAAAAGCCGCUGAUAGAGGAAAGUUAAUGCGAAGCCAAGUCACUGAAGGACACUGCCAGAUAACUCACGGAUAACGCUCGGCAACAUACACCGCUACCCCUCAUCGGCUACCCAGACAGUUCACCAUCAAACAGGGCCAAGUCUAUUCUAUUGUGUCUAUGCUUCCAUUUUUGUCCAGAGGUGAGAACUGCACAGCUCAACGUGUUUGUCCUGUGUCAGGUUCCCACUUCUUUCCAAACCAUAGAGCUCUGUUCAUGACCACCAAGACAGUUAGGAUUCUUUAUUCAGCCCGCAACCAUUUGGAUUGGUUAGGAUUCAUGUGUUUUAUUUUAUUAUUAUUUUUUUGUUUGUUUUGACAAUACAGCAAGCUUUAUUUGGACGUGACAUCUGGGGACGUAUUGUUGCACUAAUUGAUGAAACAUGUCGACUACGUCAAAUCUAUGAAAAUGACUGAAAACCUCCUGCAACACCUGAUGCAGUUCGGUAAAGAAGAAGGUGGAGAGUUGAGGGGGGAGGAAAAGUGAGGCUAGGGGGAGUGGUGGGGGGGUGGCAGGGUGGUCAAAGGGUGCACCUUUCCCUCCCAUUCUCACCACAACUGAACGCCACCACCUUCUUCCCCGUUUAUUCUUCUUCUCCUCUCUUCUGUACUCUAGGGAGAAUAUUGAGAUGCUAUUUACUUUUAUUAAAGGAAAAAAAAAAAAUCAUUUCAUUUUUGGAGCGUGCGGGAACACCAGGGUCCCUCGCCCUCUCUCGCGCUGGUCUCCACCGUGUUCGUUUCGCUCACUUCUGUUCAAGACCUUUUUGAUUUCUUUUUUUAAACCACCAUUUUUUUUUCUUCUUCACUGUCGUUCGGACUAUUAUUUUAUUUUUUUUGAAAAUGAAAUUUAAAAUAGUUGAAUUUUAUUAUGUUUUUUUAUUUUAUUUUUGAAUGCACAAAUCUAUUAACAAAAGGCAGUUACUAAAUACGAAGGACUGCUAACAUGUAGUGCACUACACGACAGUAACUGUGCCAAACACACAGGAAGGGGCUCGGUCCAAAAUGCAGUACAGAGCCAUUCUAAGUAAAUAGUAACACUUGAACUUAAGGUCUUAAGACGACUUCAGUUGUGUUUCAGAAGGAAAUAUACUACAUUCAAAUGGUGGCAUCUCAUCUUGGAACUGAAAUCCUCUCAUCUUGUUUUUGUAUGUAUAGUAGAGACAGAAGAGAAAACAUGUGAGGGUUGUUGUGACAGUAAGAGAAACUACACGCAGACACCCACACAACUUGUGGCACUGAGAGCAGCCCACAUUAAUCUUAGCCUGCAUCCUGACAGGGACAGAAAUCGCAGAUCCUCCUCAGAUUUCAUCCCGUUUUCCUCCCCGCUGUGAGGAAAUCACAUCUGUAUCAUUUCUGGGCCCAAAAGUGUCCUGUCCUUUUUUUAAAUGCAAGUUGAGUGAUAUAUUAUUAAGUUCUAGUGGACAGUUUGGCAGUGUGAGGUGCCACACCAUUUCGAAAUGAAAAAUAAAUAAAAUAAAAAACUGCCACAUACUAAGAUUUAAGCAUCAAACUGGAUGAUUUGAUUCCAAGACUGUUGAGCACAUUUAUUAAAAUGUGCUGCUUAAUAUUUGUGCUGACCAUUUUCUAAAACAUAUCACACAGGAUAUCCUAAACAUCAGGUUUAGCUCAGACGGUUUUUCUAUUGAUUUCUCUACGAUAUAUGAAAAUCAACCAGACUGGAAACACUGUCACAUUGAGCAUGGCCCAAACGUGACCUCUUUAGGGGCCUUGGGCAAAAAUCUCUAUGUUGGGCCCCUGGUGGGCACAACUCCACCCUUGCUCCAGAGAGCUUGUGUUAGAAGAGUGGAGUCUGUAUUAUUUCCCAUUGACCAUCUAAAAUCUUUAAUAAUAUGGCAUGCUUUAGAACAUGAUCAGCAUCAGUGUAAAGUCAAUGCUGUGAAUGGGCAAAAAUCGCACUGGCAAUGUCCCCUAAUUGAAAGACUGGGGUCUUGAUAGUUCAGACUUUAGGGUUAACCAUCUUGCUUGUUUCUUGGUUGUGGCAGCAGAGCUUUGCUUUGCUUUAGAAUCUUUGCAGCAUGUAGCUCAGCCUCGACAGACGACAGUUUUCAAAAUCUCGUGAGGAGCAGUUUGCCAUAAAACAACGCAAACUCCCCCGUGACACGUAUCGCCCCCGUUCCUCUGCAGACAAGGGCCCCGAGUCUCGACAGAUCUGACCCGGCAGAGGGACACAAUACCGAGACGAGAUGGAAAAAACAACCUCUUGACACAUAACUAGGAACGCUACCUCAGAACAUAAGCAAACUCAGCUAGAAGAUUGUUUUCUUUUAUUUUCUUUAUUGCAAACGAGACAAGAGCAAACAGUCAGUCGGACGGACAGUCUCUGUUAGUCAUUUUUCUUUUUCUUUUUCCACUCUUUAAUUUAUUUUUCGGUAUUUGACAUUUUACUUCUCCAGCUAAGAGAUGGGACUGUAAAAAAAAAAGAGUUAAUUAAAUAAAAUGACAAAAAAAAAAAUACAACAAAUAAAAAAAAAAAUGACAAAAACCCCAAUAUGGACACAUAGUGGUGCAGGGUGGCGAGGGCGGCUGGGGCGAGGACUUUCUUCACGUGUCGGGUAGGAUUUAAGUAAACCCAUUGGUCCAGGUGUGGGCCAAUCAUGACGAGGUAUUAACAGUUUCUAUUUCACAAAUCUGCUGUUAAAAGCUGAUUCUAGUCGGUAACCUCACUUUGUAUCACAACUUAACACCACCGUUUUUUAUACCUGCCUCCGACUACUAAAAUUACCCACAAUCCUCCUUCAGCUCCGUCCCUCCCUGUGAUUUCACCUUCUGAAUCAAGGGGCACGACACCUGUAACCAUGUAAUUGUUUUGUUGAUCUACCUCUUAGGAAAAAAAAUAGGUAAAUGGUAAAAACUUUUUUUUGAAAAAGGACAAAAAUUAAAUAAAAAAACAAUAAAAAAAACUGUUGCUCGAAAGAAGUAUAGGUAAAUGAAUAACUGGGUAGCGGCAUCUCCAUAUACUGUAGUGGAUAGUCUAUUAAAGGAAAAAUCUUUUACUUCUUCCAAAGAUGAUUUUGUUUUCUUUCUUCAUUCUUAGUUGUUUUUGAAAGGAUUAUGAAAUGGAAUAAAAAAGUGACGGGGGGGGGGCGGGGGAGACAAAAGCUUACCAUCUGUUAAAAAAGUUCUUCCAACCUAAAUGAGAUUUCUUCAUCCAAUUUACAUUUUCUUUUCUUUAUUUCAUUAAACUUACACUUAAAAAAUAAAUCUCAAAUUAUCCUUCAUGUUUUAUUUCUAAUUUCUCUCUCUUUUAAUGACAGCAGAUUGUAUCCAUUAUGUUUGGGUGCAUUUAGCGUUUUCUUUCUCUCUGUGAAAAGCCUACAGUUAGAGCGCCCUGCGAGGACCUGCUACACUGAUCGAUGAUCUACUUUCACUUCUGAUGCGUUGUUUCAAAAAGCAAAAGGACCUGUUGUUUUCAGCUGACUGUGCCGCCGCUGCAUGUGGAAGGAGGGAGGCCUGCACUUCUCACGCUGCACAGAGCUGGAGUCUGACACUUUGAAUCGGAUCAUCUGGCCUCUGCCUCGAAACUGAAAAAUCUAAAUCUCCAUGAGCUCCAACGUGCAGCCGUGCGGAGACUCUUGCAUGUCCCAGUGACUUCAGGUGCAAUGUGAGAGGUGCCGAGUCUCCCUCCUUUCACCAGGCGGCACCCUCGGUCUUCACUGUAUAUGGACUUUCACCUUCUGCCUGCCUGAUUCCUUUAGUCCUCAUCAACACCUGUUUUAAACUCCUUGUAAACAAAACAGAGCAUAGAUAUGAAUGUGUUAUUAAAAGAUGAGAAAACGGA